AUGCAAGUGCUGAAUUUAAGGAGAGAAUUUGAGCUUCAAAGGAUGCAAGAGUCAGAGACAAUCAAAGAAUACUCAAACAAAUUAUUGGGUAUUGCCAACAAGAUAAAGUUGUUGGGAAGUGAUUUUGCUGAUUCGAGAAUUGUAGAGAAAAUUUUGGUAACGGUGCCGGAGAGGUAUGAAGCAUCUAUAGCUUCAUUGGAGAACACAAAGGAUCUGUCGAAAAUCACAUUGGCAGAAGUGCUACACGCCCUGCAAGCUCAAGAGCAGCGAAGGUUGAUGAGGCAAGAUCGUGUUGUCGAAGGUGCUUUGCCCGCCAAACAUCAUGAAGUUGAUGAAAACAAAAAGGAUUUUUUCAAGAAGAACCAACCAGCAAGCAGCGAAAAUAGUGCAAACAACCAAAACAAAGGUAAGGAUAAAAAGAAAAAUUAUCCACCUUGUCAACAUUGUGGCAAAAAAGGUCAUGCACCUUUCAAAUGUUGGAGGAGACCAGAUGCAAAAUGUAACAAGUGCAACCAGAUAGGGCAUGAAGCGGUGAUCUGCCCCAACAAAAAUCACCAUGAUGAGGGAGCUCAGAUUGCUAAUCAAGAAGAAGAGGACCAACUAUCGUCUAAAAUCACAACCACCACUGUUAAGGGGCUUGCUUAUUUGCACGAUCAUUGCGACCCAAAGAUUAUUCAUCGUGAUUUCGAAGCUGCUAAUAUAUUGUUGGAUGAGGACUUUGAAGCAGUUGUUGGAGAUUUUGGUUUAGCAAAGCUUAUGGAUUACAAAAAUACUCAUGUUACUGCUGCUGUACGUGGUACGCUUGGCCAUAUAGCACCAGAGUAUCUCGCGACUGGAAAGUCUUCAGAAAAGACAGUUGUUUUUGGAUAUGGUGAAAAUACUAGUGAAAGACAAGAAGUUGAAGAUACUGGUAGCUCCCCUUUGGAAAGACCAACGAUGUCUGAGGUGGUGAGAAUGCUAGAGGGUGAUGGUUUGGCAGAAAAGUGGGAUCAGUGGGGGAAGAAAGAGGAUAUGAUCCAACAAAAUUUCAGCCCCUUUAAUCUCUACACUCCUUGUGACUCAACUUCAAAUAUUCAACUGUCAGGUCCUAGAUGA